UUUGUAUACAAUUUGAACCGCGUAUUUUACUUUUUCUAUGUUUUUUGUGUUUGUGGAUUAAUAACAGUUAUAUAAAUUUUGCCAAAUUUACCGGAAAGAUUAAUAUAAUAUUUGUGACAUAUUUGUAAUUUACUAAUAGUGUACGGAAACUGUUAACAUUUCGAGAGGUUAUUCAGUUUCGUCAAAAAUGCCGCCAAGAAGGAGCCCCAGAAAUGCAUCAAAAGAUCAGGACAACGCUGACUUAAAAGACAAACCUAAAAAUGCCCAAAAGAAAAAACUACCCGAAGAACCAGAAGAGGCACAAGAAAGUCCAAAACCGAAAAAGAAAAAGACUACAAAAGUCGAAGAAACCAACGAACCUGAAGUGACGGCUGAAAACAUUUACGAAUUCAAAGCUAACGACAUAAAUGGAGAAGAAGUCUCUCUGGAUAAAUAUAAAGGUCACGUAUGUAUUAUUGUUAACGUAGCUUCCAGAUGUGGACACACAAAAAGCAACUACGAACAGUUUGUUGAGUUGUACAGUAAGUACUCGGACACAAAAGGCUUAAGAAUUUUGGCGUUUCCGUGCAACCAAUUUGGCGGGCAGGAACCCGGUGAUUCUGAGAAAAUCUGCAAUUUUGCUAAGUCUAGAAAUGUUGAGUUUGAUAUGUUCGAAAAAGUUGCUGUGAAUGGCAAAAAUGCACAUCCACUGUGGAAGUACAUGAAGGAACAAAUUGCUGGACCUAAUGGCAAAGAUAUUAAAUGGAAUUUCACUAAGUUUAUCAUUGACAAGGAGGGAAAAGUUGUUGAACGACAUACCCCCGCAACUAAGCCUCUUAAGUUGGUUGAUUCACUUGAGAAACUUUUCUAAACUACAUUUUUAGUUACCUCUGUUUGUAAUAAAUAUGUUUGAUUUAUGAUAUGUGUUAUACAAUAAAAUAUGAUAAUAAACGGUUUUUGUAUUAA